AUGGCGUUGUACGUAGUGUUAAUUUGCUUUGGUCUUGUGCAGUGGAUAGAAUCAGGAGGUGUCCCACUUACUGAAUGUGGGUCGCCCGCUCCUAUUCGCCCCGUGCCACCUCCAACAGCUUGCACAGAUAAGGAUAAUGUUCUUUGCACUGCAGUUUUUGCUCCACUCGGUUCAGAUGCUGCAGCAAAUGCAAAUCCUGCCAACCCUUUUUUGGUUAAUCCAUUUUGUCAAAAUGCGUCGCUGAGAGCAAAUGCUGUAAAUUUAUGUCCGUCAUCCUGCGCGGUGUGCUGUUUAGCACCUGAAUUCUCAUGCAGCAAUGCUGCGGGCGCUGACUGUACACCUUUUACUACUUUGCCUGAUCUCUGCACAAACCCGCAAACGGCGCCAACAGCAUUGGAAAAGUGCCCUAGCACGUGUGGGUUAUGCAACAGGCCUGGAGCACUUGGUGGUUGCCCAAAUGUUGCCACAAAUUGCGCCCAGUUAUUGCCCCUUUUGACAUGCACAAAUGCAUAUAUGCAGGCGAACUGCAUGACGACAUGCAACAUUACAACUUGUAUAUCCGAGGUUCAGCUCCUCUCCAAAGCUUGCACCGGAGAUCCUAUUGGUGCGGCGACUCAUAUGUAUCGCAACCAUCAAAACACGUUGAUGAUUUCAAAUUUAGCCACAACAGCGGCCGCAUCGUCAUGCAUGGACACUCGAGCGAAUUGCGCGCAAAUGUCAUCGUUUUGCAAUAUAUCACCGUAUUCUACCGUUAUGAGGGAACAGUGUAGAAGAACUUGUGGCAUAUGCCGUUAG